GCUUGAGAAGAAUCGAAUCUGUUUAGCCAUCACCAAGGCCCAUUGAACACAAUGCGCCUCAGCCGCUUCCGUCUGUUGGACUGUUGUGUAAUGCGAUGCCAGAUCUUGGGUUCGACUGACGUCGGCAAGAGGGCAUCUGAGCAUGUUCGACAAACAGAAACUCUAAUCAAAGUGCCGUUGCAGGUAUCUGCAUACAUGCCAACCGUUACUUGUCACGCAAGAGCCCAAUUUUGUCGUCACUUUUUCGUCGAAAUGCAAAAAAUUCGGGCUGCCAGGCUUUCCUCGCCCAAACGUCCAAGGGAAAGCAGCGGUGGAGCUAGUCUACCAUGAGACAACUGAUUGUUCUCCUCGUUCUCUUCGCUAUUGACUUGCUGGAGUGAUCCCUAUUGACUGGUAGCAUUCGAAGCCGGAAGCAAGGAAGGAGGUUCUAGGCCGGGAGAUAGCGCUUCUGGUGGGGCAACUCAGUUCCUCUUUUGGAAGCACUGACUAGACAAGCUAGCCCAUCCAUCUGCCAUCACCAUGUCCGAGGACGGCUACGAGCUCUUCGACACAGCACACAUGUCCGUGACGGAGCGUCUUAUUGCCUGUUUGCGCAAUGAGACCAUGACGGAUGUAGCCUUGGUGGGAGAUGAUGGAAUACCGGUUCCUGCCGCACGGUAUAUCUUGGGGAGUGCCAGCGCUGCCUUUCAGCCCUUGCUCUACGGGAAUUCCAACCGAGACGGGAACUCGUCGACGGUCAACAUUCGAGAGUCCAAUCAAAAGAGCUUGACAGCUUUGGUGGAGUUUUGUUGCUCGGAUGAACUGAAUACGUCUAUUUGGGCAGACUCACAUCCACUCGAGAUAGUUCAAGAUACAGUAGCCCUGGCCAAAUUGGGUCAUACAUACGGUGUUCCAACACUACAAAUGAGAGUCAAAGAAUUUCUCAAUCCACUCAUGCUGGCAUAUCCUCCAUUGGCAUGCUCAGUCUUUAACUUGGCAGACAGUAUUGCUACCCCGGAUGUCUAUGCGGCGUCCCUAGUGAUUCUCCAAGAACAGGCCUAUACAGCCUUGAAAUGCAACAAUACCAACAGCAGUAGCAGCAGCAAAGAGGGCAAGGGUGGCAAUAAAGGGACGGUGGGGACAAUGACCUGCUUCACACCCAGCAAACUGGAAGACAUCCUAUCGGAUAAUGACAUUGACGCUGAUGAACUUUUCCUCUUUCAACAGCUCGUGGCAUGGAGAGAUCAUAACGACUACAAAUUCACCAAUGCAAACGGAAUUUGCAAAUCUCUUGUACGUCACUUGGACUUGUCAUCCAUUGACCCCAACGCCAUUGAAACAGUUGUCAUGCAGUCAGGAUUCGUCACUGCCGAAAUGCUGGUCAAGGCAUUAAUGGCACAGGCCAAAAGCGCUACCCACGAAGGUCUGGCCUUUGCUUCCAUUCGUGGCCCAAGAGGGAAAAAGUAUGCUCAUGUCUUGGUGCAGGGGGCGGGAGAUGCCGAAUGCAAUGGUGUUUAUGUGCAUGUCAAACGAGACAAGGCCAAGAAUUCUUCUGGCGGAACCCCGCCCACGGGACGAAACCUCUUGUACUUUAUCAAGAAACCGUCCACCGGGAACGCUACACCAGGCCAGCCCAUAAUGCCCGCUACAAACAAGACAUUUGUAAUGGUUCAGGAUAGCGCAGGUAUUUGGCGUAUCUGCGAUUCCGACAAGAGUAUUCUCUACGAAUGUCGAAGCCCUUCCAACGGCGCCGAAGACUUCCCCCACACGGGUUGGUCAGCCGUGUCAGGAGAACUGCCCGCGCCUGAAUGCAGCUGGCUGAGGCCUCACAGCAAUGUUUCUGGAUCUCAUCAUCAGGGACCGGCUCCGAGGUCAUCCGCAGAGUAUUCGCGAACAUCGUUAGACUUUCAACUGAGCGAUGACGAGGAACCAGAUCCAAUCUUUCAAUCUAGAUCUAUUGACGAUACCCCACGAAACGAGAAGGUCAAACCUGUGAUUGACUAUGGGAAGGCUAGCGCCAGUGCUGGGCCAAAAAAGGGCUUACUGGUAGCUGAAGAAAAGAAGGAAGCACCGGAAGAUCUUUCAAAACAAAAUGGAGCCAAGCACAAGUCAGCAAGAAUAACGGGAUUGGAUGGCAGCACAUCGGAUCGAAAACAUGCUGCAAAGCAGAACCAAAAGAUAAGAAUGAAUCGAAAGUCAUCUCUCGUGGACGAAGUAACAGACGAGAUUGAUCCAAAUGAUCCUAUCCUAGGGACUACGAUCGGUGGUGAUGGAUUCUCGCCAGAAGACAAGAAGGACCUGAGUGAGCCAGUCCAGACUAUGCCAAGGAAUCGGUAUAAACUGUAUGAUGCAGCAGCCGCAGCGAGGGAAACGUCUGCAAACAUAAGUAGCCCAACGGCCUGCAUGCCAAACUCGAGUGGGGCACCUGUACUCGUGGGAUGCUCGAGUGCUCUCAAGUCGACGUCUGGAUUAACUUAGGGACCUGAGUUGGCUACAGACAGCCAAGAAAUCAAGUUCGAUGCGAAGUUUCCUUCGCUGCUGCAUGGCCCUGGUCGAAGCAACCAGGCGGGCAGGAUGGUAGCAAACGAGGCUAUGCAUCAAGGCUCGUCGGAGACGACGCUACAAGAGAGCACCAAGAGAAAAGGAUCCGCCGUUGCAUGUAAAGUAGGAGGCCUGAUCAUAGCAAGAGAACUUUGUGAUCAACGUAGUCA